AUGACCGAGCGGAAGUUCACCCGUGGGCUUAACAAACCUGGCAUGGCGGCACAGCUAAGGGAAAACAUCUCACAAGUUGUACGUGAAUCUACUUCACUUACCAAACCAAUUAUAGUAGAACCGAUCGAUUUCGAAGCGUUUGUGCUGAAAAACCGUACCCUCAUACAGAACGACCCCCAGCGAGAGCUGCUCCUUUAUCCAAACGAUGACGUAUCGGAAAUUCUACAACCAAAGAAAUUUCGCACCGUACACAGUAACAUUCCUGGUCACGUGCCGCCCAAACAUCAAUCGGUUGGCAGCACCAAUGGGUCGAGUAAACGCGGUAGUGAAAGUGGUUCGGCGUCCAGCAGUCAAAACGGCACACCGACCAGCAACCGAUCGCAAUCGUCGGUGUCGGCAGGUACCGGCGUACCGACGGUUGGCGGUCUAUUGCUUACCCGGCAGGCACUGCACACGUACGACUCGCCGAACCAUCUUAUCCACUACAAAUACAGCAAAUACGGCGGUACAUGCUACGAUCUGCCACGAAUGUCCCCGUCGGAAGAGUUGCGAGAAGAGGUGUACGAGGUAGACACUGAUCCAGACCGGCUGGAUGAGCAGAUGACACGAUCCCAGGCGGACACGAUCGCCAAGCAGGGUUAUCUUUUCAAAGGACCGGACACCAACUCCGACCGCAUGUUCGCCCACAUCGGGUCAAAAUCCUUCAAGAAACGCUACUGCUAUCUGCGCCAGGAGAUCGACGGCACGUACAUCCUCGAGCUGCACAAGGAUGAGAAGCAGGCGGAAGCGAAGGCAACGAUAGUGAUGGACUUUUGCACCGAAGUGGUACCGAACCCGAAGAAGGGUCGCUUCUGCUUUGAGCUGAAGAUGAAAAUGAACGAAGGCCAGCACGGCAAAUCGGUCACGUUGGCAGCGGACGAUGAAAGCGAGAUGGAGGACUGGCUGCGCAAAAUCUCGUCCGUGCUGCAACAGAACAAGCUGCAGGAAGAUAAGCGUGUUGCUUCGCUGGAGCGUGCCGCUGCACCACUGUUGCCGGCCAGCCCAAGCACGAUGCAGUACGGUACGCUAAAGGGGCUGGAACAGAGUAUGAAUCCACAGCUGAAUCGAUACGCCCGGGAGACGGAUCAAUCGAUCGCACAAGCACGACGAGACAAUCGGAAACGUCUGUUCGGUGGACAGCAGUUGCUCUACCUGCAAUCCGGUGGGAAUGUCGGUGGGGGUACGAAAAUUACGGCCACGGCCGGUGGUGGUGUGACGCCGGGUUUAAGCAAAUCGGAAGCAUUCAUCGAACCGUACCGGGUGCAGUUUGGACAACGGAUUUUGAUCAAGUGUGAUUCGCUGCGGUUUCGACUGUUGGGCCCAAUUGAUGGAGUAGAUGGACCUCCAGCGCAAGAUUCCGAAGCUCCGCUUUGUCAGAUUGAACCAUACCUCACUAGUGUGGCCCUCUAUGAUGCCCGAGCUGGUCGAAAAUUGAGCGAAAAUUUCUACUUCGACCUCAACAAGGAUCACGUGCAAAAACUGCUAACCGACAGCUGUAAAGCAGAACGACCCCUUUGUGCAUCGCCGAAGGCAACGAAUAAAUCUCACCAAAAUGGCCACGGCACAUGGAAACCAGCGCGGGCGAAAUGCGACACCAGUGACGAACUGCAGCUACAUUCCGAAGCAGUCACGAAAGAGUGGCUGGCCCGUGCGAAACAAGCUGUCUUUAAUGUAACCGUUCCCCAUGCGGACAUAUUCAUCGUUGUGCGUAUAGACAAAAUCUUGCAGGGUGCCAUCAAUCCUUCCGUCGAGCCAUACCUAAAGACUACCAAAGAUCCGAAGGUGUUAUGCAAACUGCAGAAGGCGAUUAAGCAGUACGCACAAAAAUGUGGCCACUAUCGAAUGCCGUUUGCGUGGGCCGCUAGGCCACUGUUUCAGCUGUACAGCAAUGAUCUGGACACGUCGUACGAGUUUCCCGCCAUCUAUCGGCAGGAGGGCACAAAGCUAAAGGAUGAGGAGCUGCUGAAGCUGCUGUCCGAGUAUAGGAAACCGGACAAAUUCAGCAAACUGACUGUGAUACCAGGUUCAUUGAAGAUUUACAUUGAAGCGCUCAACGAACUGCCCAAUAACUGCCUUACAAACAGUUUGGUCCCGUUGAAUCCAUUCCCAAUCCCACCAGUAGCUGACCCAACGCUAGAAAUCACAGAAUUUGCCAACAGCUCCGAUCAACACCUCCAUCCGUUCGUCCAUUUUGUGAACCAUUUGUUCGUAUAUCCGCUGCAUCUGAACUAUGAUAGCCAGAAAAUUUUCUCCCGUGCACGUAACUUGGCUGUGAUCGUAGAGCUUCGUGACAGCGAUACGGCCGAAGCCAAAUCUAUUGAGUGUAUUUACGGACGUCCGGGUCAGGAUCAGCUAGUCUCGCAGAUGUCUUGCCCAGUACUGCAUCAUAACACAAGCCCAACCUGGUACGAGGAGAUCAAGUUGCGUCUUCCGCUCAACAUUACUGCGCAGCACCAUCUGCUGUUUUCGUUCUUCCACGUGUCGUGCAAUAUUGCGAAAAAGAAAGAUCUUACCACCACCAGCACGGAGACCCCGGUCGGAUUCGCAUGGUUGCCAUUGCUCGCGAAGGGCAAAAUUAAUGUCGAGGAACAGUGCCUUCCACUGGCGGCUACGUUGCCCGUAGGAUAUUUGUCGAUUCAACCGCUCGGUUUAGGAAGAGGGCAGAAUGCCGGUCCCGAUGUGCAGUGGAUCGAUAACCAACGACCGAUCUUUACCAUCAGCCUUCGGUUGGAUUCAACCGUGUUGACAACCGAUCAGCAUCUGCACAAUCUUUUCCUGCACGCCGAACGAUUGUUGGAACAUUCGAAAACGGUAGCUCCACCGGACACAACGGAAACGUGCAAGAUCCUGAAAGCUGCCCAUGCCAUACAGAGUGGUUCACUGAUCACCUUCCUACCAACGAUACUGAAUCAACUGUUUUCACUGAUAGUUGCCACAAACAGCGAGGAAGUGGGGGUAAACAUCAUUCGUCUGCUGGUCAAUCUGUUUCACAUGGUAGCUGAAGAAGCAAAGCGAAAGGAACUGUUGAUGGCGUACGUAAAGUACGUCUAUCGUAUUGACAGUCAACCAGUAAGCGGAAGCUCGCCGACGUCUCAGAGUGUGAACACCGUGCAUGGGGAACUGUGUCGCCAUCUGCCAACGCUACUGCACCCGAACAAUACGGACUUUUUGCUGGUGAAUAAGUUCAUGAAAUUUUCCGGAAUUUUCUUCGAAGUAAUUGUUAAGAGUAUGGCCCAGUAUCUCCUCUCGACUGGACGCAUUAAGAUGCAACGGAACGAACGAUUCCCGAAAGAGUUUUGUACACGGAUCGAAGCACUGUUUCAAGUGCUCGUCCCGUACAUAAGUUCCCGACAUAAAGAUCUUCCAAUGGAAACGGAACAGUUGAACCAAAGUCUCUCGGUGUUUGUGAAGCGCUGCCUUUCGUUUAUGGAUCGUGGGUUCGUUUUUCGACUGAUAAGACUGUACAUGGAUCGUUGGGGUCCAGGAGAUUCGCGUAUCCUCCAGGAGUACAAGUUUAGCUUCCUGCGGGAAGUUUGUGCCCAUGAACACUACGUUCCUCUCAAUCUGCCUUUCAUGCUAACGCCCAACAAUCGUGCACCGGACUUGCUGCAACAGUUCUGUCUCUCGGAGGAGUACUGCAGACAGCAUUUUCUCGUGGGCAUAUUGCUACAGGAGGUCAAAAGCUCACUGAAUGAAGUUAGCCAUAUCAGGCGUAUGGGGCUGAUCGCACUGAAGGAGCUGUUGGCCAAACACGACCUCGACGAUCGGUAUCAAAACAAGGGACAGUUGAGCCGAUUAGCGAUGCUUUACGUACCGUGGUUGGGGAUUGUGCUGGAGAAUCUUAACCGCAUUUCCGAUAGCAUGGAACGGAAGGGAAAACAUGACACCGUCGGUACGAACCGUAUGUCGUGUAGCAGUAGUUACGUGUUUGCCCGCGAUUCGCUGCCCACACUGCCAACGGCAACACCCUCAACCGUAACCUCACAGACAAGCACACCAAAGUCCCGUUCGAACCGGGUAACGAUGUUCAUCGAGUACACGAGUCCAAUUCGUUCGUCAUUACAUCUGAAGGAUACGAGUUUUCUGGCGGCAAUAGCCGGACAAUCGCCAGCACUCUCCAACGGUCAUUCGAACAGUUCGCUCAACUCUGAGUGCUCCACACUGUCCCAGGACGGCACUGUGGUUAUUCGGAAUCAGUUCAAUGAAUCGUGCGCCAAUUCGGCCCGCCCGAGCCAUGCACGAUCGGUGAGUGUGACCCAGCCAACCAUCAUCCAGCGGACGGAUAAGUUUUCUGUCACCGAAACCAAAGAUUUGCUAGUUAGCUUCCUGUUCGUGGUAAAGCACCUGUCACCGGAGCACAUGAUUGCGUGGUGGCACAACUGCACCGAGAGUGAAACGGUCCAGUUUUUCACCGUGCUCGAUCUGUGCCUGCUGUACUUCCGCUACGUGGGCAAAAAGCACAUACAAGUGCCGGCUGAAGGAGGACGCGAUACGAAGAGUAGCAAAGCGGCAAAGGCAAGCACUCUACCAGCCCGAGUACUACCACCGAACAUGACCAAUGGCAACGAGUCCGGCUUUGAAUCGGGCACGCUAAAUCAUACAGCAAACCGGGAGAACCUGGUCGAAGAAACGUUGCGCCUGAAGCAGGCUCUAUACGAAUCGAACUUGGCGACCGAAAUCGGACUUAUCGUGCUCGAUUGUAUGGGCCUUUACUCGGUGCAGUUUCGCGAUUCGAUGAUAGAAGGAACAGUCCUGCCAAAGAUUGCACGGGUUUAUUUACGCUUUCUACAGCUCGGCCAGUCGGAGUCGCUUUCGAAGCAUGUAUUUGCGGCGUUGCGCGCCUUCAUCAAUAACUUCUCGCAAGCUUUGUUUAAAGGCACGGCCGUGCUGUGUGGGCAGCUUGUGUACGAGUUGCUGAAGUGUUGCGACAGUCGGCUUUCCAGUUUGCGCCAGGAGGCAUGUGCCGUACUUUAUCUUCUGAUGCGCAGCAACUUUGAGUUUAGCGGACGCAAAGGACUCACGCGUGUACAUCUGCAGGUGAUCAUUUCGGUGUCGCAGAUGAUCGGCAAUGUGAUCGGGUUGAACAAUGCACGCUUUCAGGAAUCGUUGUCCACGAUCAAUAACUAUGCCAGCAGUGACAAGGCGAUGAAAGGAACCGGGUUCCCGAUGGAGGUGAAAGAUCUGACGCGCCGUGUGCGUACCGUUCUUAUGGCUACGGCACAAAUGCAAGCCCACCACAUGGAUCCGGAGCGGUUGCUGGAGCUGCAGCACUCACUUGCCAACUCGUAUGCUUCCACACCGGAGCUACGGCAAACAUGGUUAACCACGAUGGCCAACAAUCAUCUGCAGAAUGGCAACAUUUCCGAAGCUGCCUGCUGUUAUCUGCAUAUAGCCGCACUGGUUUCCGAAUAUCUCAAGCUGAAGGGCUGCUGUGCGGUAGCCCAGGGUGCGGAAUCCUUCGCGCGCAUCUCACGCAAUAUUCCACGAGACGAGAAGGGCUUAAAACUGGACAGUGGCACACAGGACUCACAGUACACGGAACAGUUUCUGCUCGAACGCUUGAAGGAGUGUGCAGAGUAUUUGGAUCGUUCGGAACGACUCGAAUGUUUGGGUGAACUGUAUCGGUUAAUCAUUCCGAUACUGGAAUCGCGACGGGACUAUCACGGACUGACGCAGUGUUACGAGCAUCUCACGCAAGCUUACAACCGUGUGAUUGAAUUCAACAAGUCGGGAAAGCGUUUGCUCGGGCGAUUCUAUCGAGUGAUAUUCUUCAGCCAGGUGUACUUUGAAGAGGAAAAUGGCGUUGAGUACAUUUACAAAGAACCAAAGGUAACAUCGCUGAGCGAAAUCUCGGAGCGGCUGCACAAACAGUAUCGGGAUAAAUUUGGAGCAGAUAACGUGAAGAUAUUGAUGGAUUCGGCACCGGUUGAUCAGUCGACACUCGAUCCGAAGAUCGCUUACAUUCAGGUAACGCAUGUUACGCCCUACUACUGCAAAGACGAGCUAGAAAUGAGGCCUACAGAAUUCGAACAGAACCACGAUGUGGAUACGUUCAUGUACGAAACACCGUUCACACCUUCCGGAUCUGCCCACGGUGCCGUUGAAGAUCAAUGGAAACGAAGAACCGUGUUGACAACGCUUCACAGUUUCCCGUACGUUUUGAAGCGUAUCCCAGUACGCGAUCGGCAAUCGCAAGAACUCAGCCCAAUCGAGGUGGCAAUAGACGAGAUGCAGACGAAACUUGCCGAGCUGGAGGAAAUUGUCAUGGGUCCGAUCGAUCUCAAGAAGCUGCAGCUACGUCUGCAGGGCAGUGUUGCCGUGACGGUUAAUGCCGGGCCGCUUGCAUAUGCAUCCGCCUUUCUGGAUCCGGCCAAAACGAGCGUCAAAAAGUACGCGCUGGACAAGGUGGAAGAGCUCAAGGAAGUAUUUCGUGAUUUUAUAAAAAUCUGCUACACGGUACUUCAAAUCAACGCAAACCUGAUAUCGUCCGAUCAGCGGGAGUACCACAACGUACUGAAGGAGAAUUAUGAAAAUCUUUGCUCGGCGUUGAGUGAUCUGCUGGGGGAAAUCGUGUACCCGUUGGACGAUGGAAACAACAAUGCUCAUCGGCACAGUUUGGCACUGUUCAGUGCGAUCAGUGGAGCUCCGACGAAUUCCAGCACGGCAUAA